AUGCUUUCACAUCAAUCGACUUCAAUGAUACCACAUAAUUGUUCGGAUGAUUUAUUCAAAAAAAUUAAACUGAAAAAUUAUCAUGCAAAUCAGCACGUCUAUGAAUUCAAUGAUUCAAUGGAACUAGAUAGUGGUGAUGAAUCCACGUGUGAAUCUUCGCCAAUCGAAAUUGAAGAAGAUCCAGCUUUUGAAAAUUACUAUAGUAAGAAACAAGCACCAGCAGUCAAUUUGAUGUCAAAUUCAUUGUUAAUAACACCAAAUAUUGAUGAUCUUCAACAUAAAGAAAAAGAACUUGUAAAAACACUUUGUAAAUCUGAUCCACUGUUUGAACAAGAUCAAUCAUCCAGUGAAAAUUGUACAAAAUCUAUGGGCUGCCAAAAGAAACCAACUGUACCAUGUGAAGUUUGUAAUGAUGGAGCAACAGGAGUUCAUUAUGGUUUAACCACAUGUGAAGGAUGUAAAGGAUUUUUCAAACGAACAGUUCAAAACAAAAAAAUAUAUCGUUGUAUUGGAAACGGUUCGUGUCAAAUCGAUAAACUUCGACGUAAACGCUGUCAAUAUUGUCGUUUUACCAAAUGUUUAUCGAAAGGCAUGGUUAUUGGAGCAGUUCGUUUUGAUGGAACAUCUGGCGGACGAACACCAGCUAAUAUUGCUGCGCUCUAUAAAUAUAAUAAAGAAAAACAGGAUUCUCAAACUCGAGAAGACUUUGCUAAUAUACUUGAAGAUAUGAUUAUAUCAGACGCUGAACUCAAAGCCAAUAUAGAAAAUCAAUUAAAUCAAUCGUUAGCUAUGAAUUCAAAUGUACAUGUAACACAUCAUUUUGAUCAAUUAUCCAUUUUGGAUACCUUAUAUAAUCAUUUAAAACCAUUAAUUCAUAUUCAAACUCGAUUACCAGAUGAAUUAAUCAAACAAACUUCGCGUUUAUUAAUCGAUUCAUUUAUAUCAUGGUAUCGGUCAUUGUCAUUUUAUCCAUUAUUGCAAAAAGACUUAAAUCAAUUCAUAUUAAAUACUCGAUGGUCAAAAUAUAUUCUUUUAGUUACAUGUCAAUUUCUAUCAACACUAUAUAAUCAUACGACUCUACUAACGUAUGAGAAGUGUUUACAGCGUGUAGUCGAAUAUCAACAAGGACAAUUGAAUUCACCAAAAGCCUAUGAAAUUGUAGAAAGACUAUUGCAUUUUGUAUUACAUUUAAUUCAUUUACGUUUAACAAAUACUGAAUUUACGCUACUAAGCAUAUUGGUUGUUACUCAAUACGAUGAAUCAAAUUCGACAAUCAAUCAAAAAGACUUGAUUCCACUCGAACAAAUUUAUUUGAAAAAUUUGAAAAAAUAUGAAAACGAUGUAUUUGGAUGCAAAGAAUCAUUCCGAUUAGAUCAAAUAUUACAUACGCGUGAAAAAGUCAAUUGUUUAGCAGCGUUACUUUUGAAAGAAAAGUACUUCUUUUUACCAUACUUAUUGAUUCCGUAUUAA